AUGGCUCAUGCAGCGCCAACAGUUUCAUCCACAAAGAAGACAACGAACUAUGCUCGCCUAUGUCGCUUGCUGGUUGAUGCUGGUACCCAGGCCCUUAGAGACACAUUCAAUGCCAUCCAUCCACCAGCGAAUCUUCAAUCAGUUUUGGCAGCCAAUAAAGUAACUAUACUGUCCCUGAGAAAGAGAAAGGUUAUCAACGCAACGCAAUGGGGAAAGCUCUAUCCUGCUAUUCCAUCCUCAGUGUCUUCCAGAGACUUUGAUAUCACACUUUUAAUGGUUCUGCUUCGAAACCUGUGCGGCUUACCUUCUCCCGCGGCAGGCUGGGAUACACUUCCUGCUGCAACAGAUGUGAGUCUUGAAGCUGAUAUCGCCCGAGUCAAAUAUUACAGAAACUCUGUGUACGGUCAUGCUGAGUGUGCUUCAGUAGAUGAUGCGACGUUCAACACAUGCUGGGGCGACAUCCGGGACACUCUAGUGAGACUGGGUGGAGCGAAAUACAAAGCAGCCAUUGACGAUCUUGAAACAGAGUGUAUGGACCCUGAAGUUGAAGAUCACUACAAAGAACUUCUCAGCCAAUGGAAGAAAGACGAAGGCAAUGUGAAAGAUAAACUAGAUGAGGUGAUCGGAAAGUUAGUUGAAUUGAAAACAUCAAGCAUGACUCAAAAAGAGAAACCUGAAAUUGAAGAAGGUAAACCACUUGUGUCGAAAGACCUGGAGAGCUCUGCCAAGUGUAAAAAGAGACAUAACGAAACCGAGCCACUCGAUUACUACUGCACGGACUGCAAAGUUUGCAUUUGCGACAAGUGUGGGAAAACUCGUCACACUCAUCACACUAAAGUGAGUAUCCAACAGGCCACUGAGGAAGAAAAACUGAAGAUGGUGGAGCUUGUGGAACAAGUUAAAAUACAAAUUACCGAGUUUGAGUCGAAAGUGGAAAGAAUGACAAGACUAUUUGCAAUAAGCAAAGAAAAAAUAUCUGCAGCUCGUAGUUUAGCGCAGACAACUGCUGAAGAACUCAUUCGCGCCUUAAAGGAGCACGAGAAGUGCGUUGUCAACGAGUUGGACGUCAUUGAAAAAAGACAAGAAAGAGAUUAUGCAACUCAACUAGAAAGCAUGCAAGCGUCUGUCAACGAAUUGAAAUGCUCUGUGGAAAAUUGCGAGGAUAUCCUUCAAAGAGACGCCAGCUUUGAAACUCUACGCACACAAAUUAAUGACACUAAAAAAUGUAAAAGAGUUCUGAAAGAAACAAAAUUGGACAUUUACGAACCCUGUCAUGUACACUACCAAUUAUUUGAGGAGCACAUUCGAGUAAUGAAAGGUAGAUCUCCUGGCGAACUACUGGAUAGCAAUACAGAUCCUUCAAGGUCGUAUGUGAGAGAUAAUGACCUAAAACAACCUGAAGCUGGGCGAACAAAGGAUUUUGACAUCGUUACAAUUGAUUCAGAAGGAGAACAGUGCUAUCAUGAAAUCGAUGAAAUCAAAGUGACAGUUCGGAGUCCGACGGGAAUAGUCCUCGACAGCAAGACUGAUAGCUGGGUGCCACGUGGGACAUACAGAGUAAGGUACACACCAGCAUGUGAUGGAGAACAUGAAGUGACAGUUUUAGUGAAUAAUGAACCACUUUCUGGUAGUCCGUGGAACGUAAGCGUGACGCCGCAUAAAUAUAGUUUCUUUCAUUACUUUGGAUCACCAGGUAAAGCACGCAAACAAUUCAAAGAUCCCUGUGCUGUUGCAGUAGACAAAAACAAAAUGACGAUAGCAAUAGCUGAUCGAAAGGAACAAAGAGUGCAACUGUAUGAUUUUUGUAAUUCUGAGCAUCUUACAGACCUCGGUGAGAAGGGGUCAGCGGCUAUAAGACUAACAAACCCCACCUCUGUCGCAUUCACCCAAUCUGGUGACGUCAUUGUCGUUGCCUCUAGUAUCAUGUUUUGCUUUGCUGUAAAUGGUAAUUUUCUUGGGUGUAUUAACAACAAAAAACUCAAGCGUCCGUUUUCAUUGAGUGUAACCAGCAAUGGCCGCCUCCUGGUGUGCGAUAGCGGUGACAAGUCAGUCAAGGUCCUCUCUCCUGAUGGGACAGAAUUGUUACAGUCCUUCAGUGCUCCAGACUGUGAUGGCUCCCCGUGGAAAGCUGUUUGUCACCAAGACAUGUUCUUCGUGUCUUACCCUGAAGCUCGUUGUAUUAAAACAUUUAAUAAGGACGGGGACUUUCUCUAUGAUAUUGGCAAAGAGGAUGCACGCGAAGGACACUUGAGUCAGCCUCGUGGACUCGCUGUUGACACCUUUAACAAUCUAGUGGUUUGUGACGAGAAAAAAAAGACGUUGAAUGUCUUCAAACUGAAUGGAACAUUUUUAAACACAGCCACUGAAAAUAAUGUCCUCAGCUGUCCUUCGUCUAUUGCUGCCCUCUCAGCUAAUGAAUCCCCAUGGCUUAUCAUUGCUGAUUCCAGGAAAAAAUGUGUCAUAAUGUUUGACUAA